AUGGUCGCCGACAUCAACCAACUCCCGCCGUACAGCCCGCCCCCUCCGACGCAAGAGGACCUCGACUACGUUGACCUUGUCAACAUUGAUCUUUCAAAAUUCGAUACCCCCGAGGGCCGUCAACAGCUCGCCAAAGACCUCUACGAGGCCGCUACCGGCUAUGGCUUCCUUUACCUAACAAACCACGGCAUCUCUAAUGAGACCUAUGAGCGCCAAAUGCGCAUCGCUAAUGCGGCCAUGACGCUCAAGCCUGAAGAGAAGGCCCCCUACGAAGUAACUCCUGAAGAGGAUGCUCGUGGACUGUAUGCCGGAUACAAGCCUGCAGGACCCCUUGGUCACAAGGGUGGCUUCCCCAAGGCCCUGGACCACUACAACAUGCUUGUCCAUGAUCCCAAGGACCGCCCCCACCCCGAGAUCAUCCGUCCGUUUAUGGAUGAGACGUACGAGGUCAUGAGCUACAUUCGAACCAACAUCUUGGUCAAGCUGCUCAAGCUUGUCUCCAUGGUUCUUGAAGUUCCCGAGGAGAAGACGGAAUACCUAAGAUAUAUGAUGUGCGAACCUCGGUCAAAGGAGGAGAGUGAAAAAUACCGUGAUAUCUUCCUUGCUGGACACACCGAUUGGGGCACUUGGACAUUCCUUUUCUCCCAACCCGUCGCAGCACUGCAAGUUCUUUGCCACGAGACUGGCAGAUACCGUCACGUCCGUCACGCCCUCGAGCGCCUCACCGGCGGCCUCUUCAAGGCUACGAUCCACAGAGUCAUCCAGCCGCCCAUGGACCAGCGCCACCUCCGCCGCAUCGGCGUAAUCUACUUCUCCCGCCCCGCCGACGAGCGCGAGCUCGUCCCCAUUGAGGACUCGCCCCUCCUUCAGCGCAUGGGCACCGACAAGCCCAUCGACGAGCGCGUUUUCUGCAUGGCGGACUACCUCGACGCGAGAAAGCACGGGUGGAAGCGCUACGACUUUGACAUUGACCGCCCGCGUGAGGAGGGUGGCCACAAGUCGCUCGGAAAGUUUGAUAAUGUGCCGCGUCUGCAGUAUAGCUUGCCUACUGUCAAGACUGGCACUGCUUGA